AUGACCCUUGCGACAAAGUGGCCUGCGACAAGGUGGGCCUGCGACAAGGUGGCCUGCGACAAAGUGGUCGCGACAAGGUGGUCGCGACAAGGUGGCCCGCGACAAGGUGGGCCGUACCCGCAAUUCAAUUGUUGUUGCAUUUUUUAUGUUGACAUUUCGUAUAACUAUGUUAUAAUUUAUAUCAUUUUGUCGAAUUUUAUUUGGUCAAGACAGCUCAGCUGUUCUUUUGUUCAAAAUUUUAUUUUCAUUUUUCUAUUAUUUUAUUUUAAUCUUUAUUUAUUUUCAAGAAUGAGUAAAGACCGGCCUUAUUGCAAAGCUCUAUAUGACUUCAGAAGUGAAUAUCCUGGUGAAUUGAACUUUACUGCAAAUGAACUUAUUUAUAUUGAUAAGAAAAUUAACGAGGAAUGGUUAAGUGGAGAAUCACAAAAAUCUGGACAGAAAGGAAUUUUUCCAAUUAGUUUCGUUGAAAUAAUUCUUAAUGAACAAGAGAUAUCAAAAUUUCCGCCAAGUCAAUCUGACCCUAUUUUAUCUUCCGAAGGUUUUUCUAAUUCAAUUGGUGUUGCUACUGUUCUCUAUGAUUUUGAAGGCAGGUUUGAGGACGAAUUAUCUGUUAAAGCUGGAGACAGUAUUCAAGUUUCCUCAAUUAUAGAUAAUGAAUGGGCAAAGUGUCGAGAUCCGACUACUGGUCAGUCUGGAAUUGUUCCUCAAUCUUUUUUACAUAUUUUCCUUGAUGGCUUAGAGAGUCCGAAAGAAAUGUCUCAAAUUUCAUCAAAAAAUGAAGAAAAUUCUUUUAAUUCAAUUACUUUUUAUGACCAACCUCCAUCAAAUUCCUCUACAUCAAUCUCUUCUAUGUCCAAUUUUGCUUCUUCGAAUGUUUCUGAUUGGCCAAAUCCUUGGGAGACUUCAAAUGUUUCUAUAAACAAUUCUAACGUGUUUAAUAAUGUUUUUAGUCUGCCGCCGCCUAGACCACCACCUCCUAAUCCCAUACUUCGACAAACAUCCUUUGCUGAAAGCGCAAAUGAAGUAUCAAACUUAAAUUCUCGAUUUAUUCAAAAUGAUCGAAGGAAAUCACUUACUUCCAUAAAAGAAGAUGAACAGCAAUAUCAAAGUUUAAUAAAUCCAGCAGGCAAUGCCUUCACAAAUCCACUUAUUCCUCAAUUGGAGACAAUUAAUGGAUCUGACACAAAAUCAAAAGUUCUUUUGGAUUUUCUAAAUACUGAACAGAUUUAUCUUUUUGACUUACAAACAUGGCAAAAUUGUGUUAAUGAAUCUGGCAAUUUAACAAAAUCUGAAAAAGAGGCUUUGACAAAGGAAUAUCCAGCACUUGAAAAACUUUGUCAAUCAAUUAUUAGUGCCUUAACAUCGCAGAAAGAUUUACCUGCCGAUGUUCAGUCUUUGGGCUCAAAAUUUAUGGAAUUAAAAAGCCAAUUUUACUCAACAUUUUCUAAGCAUUUCAGAAGUGUUGAAAAUAUUAAUUUAAUGAUAGAAAAUGAAAAUAAUUCUAAUUUUAAUCGAGCACUUCAAUUAUGCGUUCAACAAAUGAGAGAACGUGGUUCAAAUAUUUUUGAUGUUUCUACAGCUAUUUCUAGACCAAUUCAAAGAUGCUUAAAAUAUCCUCUUUAUAUUGGGGAAUUAUUAAAAAAUACUCCAAUAAAUCAUCCGGAUCAUCCAAAGUUGAUGGAGGCUUUGAGACAAUUGGGGGAUUUGGCUUCUAGAAUGAAUGAAUCUAAAAGAAGGAAAGAAUUAGUUCGAAAAUACAAUACUCAAGAACAACUUACCAUUUCUGAACGACUCGCUCGUAUAAACAUGCAUUCAUUAUUAAAGAAAAGUAAUCGGCUCAAAUAUCGAAUAAAUCGAACAAUGGGUUUUGGAACUAUUCGAGAUAGUGAAUUCGAUUAUUUAGUUCAACUUUUAGAAGACGCUGAACGUCGACUUUGUAAAUUUCUUUAUUGUGCUCAACUUUAUAGAAAACAUAUUGCUUUGGCUGCACGUAAACAUGAAGACAGUUUUUGUCAAGUUCAAGAUGAAAAAGUUGUUAAAGAAUUUGCAAAAAUGCUUCGCAGGGUUGAUGAAAUUUGUGGAAAAUAUUUGAGGGAUUUUGAUCAAAAAAUUUUGGUUGAAGGAAAGAGACUUGUGAGAAGUGAACUAACCAAAUUAAUACACAAACGUUUUGAUAAAUUGGCUGAUUUUGAAGUGGUUAAAGCUAGCAAUAAAAAUCAAGAUGAAGUUGAAAAAUGCAGAAAUGAAUUCGAAGCUUUAAAUAAUCAAAUAAAAGGACAACUUCCAAGUGUUAUAAGUACAAUAAAUACUCAAGUACUCCAACUAGUUCAAAAAGUAAAUGAAAUUCAUCAACAAUUUUUAACUCAAAUGGAUGAGUGGUAUUACAAAGAAAGACCUGAAAAAGUUCGUCAUUAUGCUCAUACAGUCCCUCCAUUUAUUACAAAUUUGUCUGUUUCUGUCAAAAAUGUUUUGUUAGAAAUGGACAAAAUUGCAGCAUAUUUAUAUCAACGUCAAACAAUUGCAGAAAAUGCACCUUUCUUGGCUAGAAGAAAAUCUUUACGUCUUUCAUUUCGUGCAAAAUCAGCAAAUCAAAAGAAAAUAUCAUCAUCACAACAACAACAAAUUUCUUCCUUAAAUUCCCGUUUACGACAACAAAGUGAAAAAGAGAGAGACGCACUUUUCAAGAUUUGUCAUACCCAAAACCAAUCUGGACAAUUACGGAAAGUUACUCGUGAUUGGCAAAAUUCAGAAAUGGUUUUGAAACAGGGGGACUUAGUUUUGGUUAAAGAACAUCGACAGGAUGGAUUUUGUUUGUGUGAUAAUGCAGUCUCAAAUGGAUUAGUGCCUGUAGAUGUCCUUAUACCUUUAAAUAUGUGCAAUGAGUCUACAAAUCAUGCAUUAAUUGAAGAGGAAAUACAACAAAAAAUUAAUAAACCAAAAGAGGAAUUAAAAGAAUUUCCUUCCCAGCAACAAAAACAACAAGCUUCUUGGAUUGAUUUACUUAAAACAGAUUUUUCGGAUUCUCAGUCUAGUUCCUCAAAUAUUUCAUAUCCACCAAAGCAACAAUUAAAUAAAACUCAAAAAUCUAAUUUAAAUGGAGAAAAAGAUUUAAUUGAUUUGGAGGAUAAUCUAAUUGAUUUUGAUUCACCGCCUAAAGUGCCUACUUCAAAAGAACCAACAAUUAUAGAUCUAUCAGGACAGAAUAAAAGCAAAACUUUUGAACAACAAUCCAUUAAUCACAAUAUCCAAAAUGAACAAUUUUGUCAAAAUAAUUUAAGCGAACUUUUUGAUUUUCUUUCUUGUGAACAGUCGCUACCUUCAUUAAAUUCUCACAACAAAACACAAUUUUCUACAACUUUUGAUUCUUCUUCUAAUCAACAAACCCCUGUUACCUUCUUUGAUUCUUAUACAAAUCCAGAAGCAGACUUUAAUAUAAAUAUUCAACCAAAUCGUAUUGCUCCACCUCCCCCAACUCAGAAAAAGAGAGGUAGAACGCCCAAUAAUAAUUCUGAUAGUCAACAAAAUUCACCAACUAAUUCAAUUAUUUCUACUCAAUAUUAUUCUAUUCCUCCUCCUUCAACAGAUUUUUCUCAAUCAAAUAAUCAAAAUAUUCUUCCACAUAAUGACAACUUUGCGAUUUGUUUAUUUGAUUUCGAACCAUCUGUUGGAAAUGAAAGCCGCCAAAUUUCUGUUAAAAGAGGGGAAACGGUAGAAGUAAUUCGUCGUCAUGAUUUUGCCGGCAAUACACAAUGGUGGCUAGUUAAACGUUUACGAGACUCUGCUCAAGGCUUUGUGCCAGCUAAUUAUUUAAAUAUUGAAGAAAAUACUUAA